CCCUAAUCUUCUCAUCUGUCAUUUCCGCUCGCUUUAAUAGUUGUCUCCGCCACGCUCCAGUCUUCUCUCUCUCGCUCUUGCUCUUACGGAAGGAAUUCAGAGCCUCUGAUCUGAAUUCAGAAUCCGGAGUUCGUUUUUUCUCCGUUUGAGCAAUGGCUUUGGUUCUGCACACUUACAAGGGUAACAAAGGUGCCAACAAGGCACUGAUUGCCGCUGAGUACACCGGUGUGCAGAUUGAGGUGCCCUCGGACUUUCAGAUGGGCGUCACUAACAAAUCCCCAGAAUUCCUCAAGAUGAACCCUAUUGGAAAGGUCCCCGUGCUUGAGACUCCCGAGGGUCCCAUUUUUGAGAGCAAUGCUAUUGCUCGAUAUGUAAGUCGCUUGAAGGGUGACAAUUCUUUGGUUGGAUCUUCUCUCAUUGAAUAUGCACAAAUUGAGCAAUGGAUCGAUUUUGCUUCAAUGGAGGUUGAUGUUAACAUUUUGAGAUGGUUCAUUCCAAGGGUGGGCUAUGCACCUUUUCUAGCUCCUGUUGAGGAAGCGACAAUUGCUGCUCUGAAGAGAGCGUUUGAUGUUCUGAACACCCACCUCUCUUCCAACACUUACCUUGUCGGGCAUUCCAUCACCCUUGCUGACAUUGCCUUGGUCUGCAACAUGAGCUUCGGAAUCAGUACUCUCAUGACGAAAAGCUUUACCUCUGCAUUCCCUCAUGUUGAGAGAUACUACUGGACAUUGGUUAACCAGCCGAACUUCAAGAAGGUGCUGGGUGACGUCAAGCAGGCUGAAUCUGUUCCUCCUGUUCCUUCAAAGAAACCUGCUCAACCUGCUAAGCCCAAGGCCAAGGAAGAGCCAAAGAAAGAAGCCAAAAAGGAAGAGGCACCAAAGCCUGCUGCUGAAGAGGAAGAAGCCCCAAAACCCAAACCCAAGAACCCUCUCGACCUUCUUCCUCCAAGCAAAAUGAUUCUCGAUGAGUGGAAGAGGCUUUACUCGAACACCAAGACCAACUUCCGUGAGGUUGCCAUCAAAGGAUUCUGGGACAUGUAUGACCCUGAGGGAUACUCGUUGUGGUUCUGUGACUACAAAUACAACGACGAGAACACUGUAUCAUUCGUGACACUUAACAAGGUCGGUGGAUUCCUCCAGCGUAUGGACUUGGUACGGAAAUACGGAUUCGGGAAGAUGCUUGUUUGCGGGUCAGAGCCUCCGUUUAAGGUGAAGGGUUUGUGGCUCUUCCGUGGGCAAGAGAUCCCGAAGUUUGUCAUGGACGAGGUCUACGACAUGGAGCUUUACGAGUGGAAGAAGGUCGAUAUCUCGGACGAGGCCCAGAAGGAGCGAGUGAGCCAAAUGAUCGAAGAUGCCGAGCCUUUUGAGGGCGAGGCUCUCUUGGACGCUAAGUGCUUCAAGUGAGAGGUAAACUUAUCAGAAAAAAAUUUACGAUUUUGGAGUCAGUGAUUGUAAUCUCUCUCGAUAGAGGUUUGCUUUGUUACUUUUUUUGUGGUUUUUUUUUUCUAAUCUGAGAACAAACUUGCUUUUAAGUUGUGUAUUUUGGAGUUAUUUAUGGUAUUAUGACACAGCUGGGUAGCUAUACAUGUGGUGGUGUAUAAUGGAUGAUUCUCCGGUCUCAUUUCAUGGCUCGCUUUGGUUCUUCUGA